AUGCAGAUUCAUAAGGAGCCUGACCGUCUAGAAGAGUGGUUUUCUGCCGCUAUUACCGGUAACAAGGAAUACAUUAAUAAACACAAGUCUGACUGCGUAGGCUCUGUUAAUCAGGCUGGAAAGACGGGUCUCAUGCUUGCAGGAGAAAUGGGUGCGCUUGAUACUCUAGCUCUUCUUGCGCCAUUAGAAGCAAAAAUAUUAUCACCGGAGGGGCGAUGUGCGUUGGAAUACGCAAUUUUAGAAGAGCAGUUAAAAUCUAUUCCUAUAUUGUUACAGUAUGAAGCUCGCUUCAUGAAGGAAACUGGCAAAGACCCACUUCUUCUUGCAUUGCAGGCUCACGCCAAAAGCUCAGCUCUUGAAAUUAUCGCAUUUAGCGAAGAAGAUGAUGCUCUGGACUACAGUCGGGCAUUAGAACUUGCCAAUGAUAUGGAUUACCAUGACGUAGUGGAAGCUUUGCAACACAAGGUUGGUGCUGCUGACACUAGUAGAGCAAAUUCCAUCAGACCCACUAUUAGUGGUGUGAAUAAGAUUGGUGAUACCCCGGGAACAUAUAUUACAGCAGAUGGCAGAAAUCUAAGUCUGUCCAUGUCAGUCAGCUUUGGCGAUGGGUCACGGAGUUGCUCGCUGGCUCCCCACAGACCACGUCAGAUAGAUUAUGACUUUCUUCUUUAUGCCAAGGACCAAGAGAUACUGCGGCUUCAAACGCUUCUUGUGCAGCUGUCCAGCCAUAUGAAGCUAAAGGUGGCUAACCUAAUCACUCACACAAGUGAUCACACAGAAUUAGAGAAUGUGGAUAAGUUACAAUCUGACCUUGCUGCAGCAAUGCUCAGAAUCGAUGAGCUUACUGAGAAGCUUGAGCAGAAGAAGACAAUGGUAUCUGUAUCAGCACCAGACGGACAGGGGGCUAGUGAUAAAUCCGUCGCUAUUGACAGCUUUAAUAACGAUACCGAUGAGGUGAAGAAUCUCAAAAAAACAGUAUAUCUCUUAACAGAGACAAUUAAUGAACUAGAAGAUAAGUUGCGUCUAUCAGCCAGCACUACAGACUUAGCCGAGAGAAAGGUCACAGAGAGGAUCUUCACCGAAAACAUAAGCCUAAAAAAGACAGUAGAAAUACUUAGCGGAAAACUUGACUCUCUAUCGAAGAGUGUUCCACAUAGUGCUAUCAACAAUGUCCAGUGGUUGCAAACUAGUAACGAGGGCUCUUCAGUUAAUCCAUCCUCUGUAGGAGUCGUACUUACAGAUUCUAUGUCGACAAAGCUGUCGGUUGGAUUGCCGAGGAGCAUGAGCUCUGGAGCAACUGCUAUGUCACCAGCGCAAAAGCUGGCAAAUAUGGCACUAUCACAAGAUUCAUUAUCUACUAAUAUAACCUCUGGGCACAGCUGGGCAUACCACUCAGAUAAAAUGAUCAGUCACGUCGACGUCUCUACUCCAACUCAAUCAAAGCGUAAUGCAAUAACCAGACCCCGCGCACCCGCAAGGCGUAACGCACAAUGGUAUGCAGAGCAGGUGAGGCGUGUUGGGCGGGUUCAGUGUUAG